GUCGUAUUUGAGGGGUCAAGAAAAUGAGAUAUCUUCUGCUACGGUAGUAGAAAUCACGGGUAUAAGUGGUCAAGCUAGGCUCCAACAAUAAAAUGCAAAAAACUGGGUUUACUUGUGGUUCUAGUGCUUACAUCAUGGCUAUCUUGGCGGACAUUGUAAUAGCCUCGCAUGCUGAAUGGAGAACCACGCCUUGUAAUUCGGUCAGCUUGAGCGACCAGGGGGGGCGGAGACUUAUUGGUCUACCCAAUCGCUUACAUAUUAAACAAGCACGUUGAAAUUCGACGACAUGGUAGUGAUUAGGCAGCCAGUUAAGAUUGGAUAGUAUAAGGAGGCCGUGGUCACCGCAGUAUGCGCGUACAUGGAAGUUGUAGUGUAGACAUCUGAGACAACUCAUCACCAUGCUCGUCCCAAUUGCUGCUAGCUUGGCAGCCCUUGCGGGUUCUGCUGCAGCAUGCAACCUCGCCAAUGCUAUGAAGACGGCGCCCACGAAGCCAGAGACGCGCAAACAGCUCUGUAUUCCACAGGGCGAGGGCGAUUGGACGUUUUCCAUGGAUGUUGGCGUGACAGUUCUGCCGGACUUUAGCACCGAGAACCCCCUUGCCGGCCUCGUAGGGUCCAAGUUCUUCGUCAUCUAUGACAACUAUUGUGUCCCUCGUGGUGUUUACGCACCCUCUGGCAAUGAAUGCGGCAAGCCCUACGUCAUUGAAGACAGCUUCUUGCCGUAUGUGCUCACUGUCACAGACAUUAGUUGGGAUUUGGGUGACCCGUACUUCCGCUUCAAGUACGCUGAUGGCCUCUACUCCAUCAAUAACAACCACUGUACAUGCAGCAGCAUGUCCCACGGUAUCAAGGGUGAACAGGGCUGCAGAUGUGCCUUUCCCAUCAGAGGCCAGCACCCUGCCGAUCCUCCCCCACCCCCCAACGGCGGCGGCGGCGAACCACCCAUGGCAAAGCCGUCCAAGUACAUGUUUGUUGGCGACAGCAUUACCCAUGGCUACGCCGGCGACUAUACCUGGAGAUACCGUCUGUGGCAGUGGUUCAAGGCCAAGGCGGCGGACAUCCCGCUGGACUUUGUCGGGCCCUACACUGGAACUCAGAACCCUCCUCCAGCUCUCCCUCCUCAGCCACCAAGGAUUGUGGGUGAGCCAGAGCCCAAGCACGAAGUGAACAACGGACCCUACGCUACUGCCGUUGAUCCGGCCUUUGACCACGACCAUUUUGCCGUUUGGGGCCGAGCUGCUGCCCAGGAUAAGAGCGAAAUCUUUGACCAGGUGAAAAAGUACCAACCAGAGAUGCUGCUCAUCGCUCUUGGCUUCAACGACAUGGGCUGGUUCUAUAGCGAUGACGUUGGUACCCUGGAAAGCAUGAAGAGUAUGAUUGAUCAGGCGCGUGCAGCUAAGCCUGACAUCAAGUUUGCCAUUGCAAACGUCCCCCAGCGUUCCUUCAUCGGUGGCCGACAAGACCUGGUCGACAAGACUACCAGGUACAAUGCGGCGCUGAAGCCUGCCCUGCGUCAAUGGAGCACACCAGAGUCGCAAAUUGAACAUGUCGACUUUGCUGGUCACUAUGACUGUCAGCCUUCAGGAUGCCCCUCAGGAUACGAUGGACUCCACCCCAACAUCAUUGGAGAGUACCAGAUUGCACAGGCUUUUGCUGAGACACUACACACAAAGUUUGGUAUUGGCUCUGGUGGUUUGGAUAUGCCACAAUCAUUCCCAGUGCAGAGUGUAGACGUUCCGGCUCACAUCAAGGCCGAGGGCGUUGCUACUGGUGUUGCCGUAACUUGGGAUCCUAUCCUUGGUGCCAAGGGCUAUGAUGUGAGAUCGCGUGUGCAGGGUGCUGCUGACUGGACAGAAUCCCGAUCUUCAACAAACCGCUUUGAUACGACUCUCACAUUUGCUGGUGUUACCUGGGAGUACCAAAUUCGCACAAGCGCUGGCGAUAACGCAAAGGGCCAGUGGUCAGGCACCGUAUCAGCAGUGGCAAGACGAGACACUGCUCCAGCACCAGAAACCAUUAAAGUCACUCCUAUCAGCUUUGGUCUUGAUAUCAACUGGAGCUCAGUAGCUGGAGUAGACGAAUACGAGGUCAUUAUUUGGGACAAGGAUACGCCCGGGGCGUUCAUAGACAGCCGCGGAACUCGCGACACACAUAUGAGCAUCAGCGGCCUCAACGCAGGUCACGUUUAUGCUGUUUGGGUUGCGUGCUGGAAUAGCCUUGGUGGUGGUCUCCCAGGUGAAGCUCGGCCAGGCCGGGUUGGAACACAAGUUCCUUCGGCACCUACUGACCUGCGUGUUGUUAACAAAGAUGCGACCACAGUUGAGCUUUCAUGGGCCCCGUCCAACGCAGCUGCGUACCAGAUCUACAUGCGCAACAUCCAUAACGGCCCCGAGUUUACAAAGGACAACGGAACGGAGAUGACCACCAGCCACGGCGUAGCUUUCCUCUUCCCAGGCACAUGGAACUUUGAGUUUUGUGUUGGCGGCGUCAAUGGUGAUUUGAUGUCGGUUGGCACGUCUAACUGUGUAAUUCCCCCAAAGAUGCCUGGCUAUUAAAGGGAAAAAAGACGGAGGACGCUGCUUUUAUGUGAAAGACGACCGAUAAUAGGCCUGUAUAUAUUUCUUAUUUUGAACAAAGAAUCCAAAACAUAUGCUUCAACAUGUCUGUGAAGCCCCCAACAAGUGAUUUCUGUUCCUCUUUACACCGUAGAAUCGGAGCUCGCCGGUCGUCGGCAUUACGUACGAUUGAUCGGCACCGAUCGCCACCAAUUAAAUGCCAGUAGGCACAACUUUGGACCAGAAUUUGUAAAUGGCGCUGAAAACGAAGGACGCCAUGUUUCGAACGAUCCAAAAGAUCCUGUCGCCGGCGGAAGCGGCGCAGCUGAAGGCAAGGUUUGGGUAGCGCUUACUUGUGCCCAGCGUGACACUCCCCCGCUUAGCACGGCACUUGUAAAGUAAAAAUCGCCCAAAUGCCAACUGCUCACACGCACACGCAAACAAGGCAAUUGUUCUCUAAAAGAGUUUAUCGCCUUGGUUCUGUAACGGCUAAAGUCCAGCUGAACAUGACACCAUGUUAGCAUCACGACACCGAAGGCCCGAAUAGGAAAUCAAACCUUUUUUUCUUUCCGUCGCUCUUUAGCUCGACUUGAUGCCAUGGCCUAUCAUGAUCGGCCGUAGCGCCACAUGUUAGCCCAAAACUACUGUAGAUAUAUUCCUUACGUGUGUCUAGACCCCAGAUGGCCUGUGCCGCCAGUGCCGGGGGACCUGCUGUUUUAGGAAAUGGUGCGCGCGCAAAGAGCCAUUUGAUAGACUGAUAAAAGGACCGAUGCGGGGGGAUAAAUGAAUAGCUUGGAUAAAGCAGUAAUAGCAGAGAAGAAGCUUGUGAGAGCAGUGGGCAGG